AUGUCGCAAACGCUGCGACGGCCCGCGGUCUACUCGCAGGACGACCCGCCGUCAUCCGCCUCGAAUCUGCUCUCGCCCGCCUCCGGCCACUCUAACCAGCCGCAUCCCGCAUAUCUACGCCGCCCGUCAUCCAGCAGCAGCCUCAACUCGCAACUACCGCCAUCCGUACUUGGAGGAAGCAACAAGCACAGUUCAGUAGCAGACAAGUUCUCACUGCUGGACGGCUCUGUGUUCCCCGACCAGAGCGUACAAGAACCGGACGACUACCUGCACAACCCCGACCCGCGCCGAGACAAGCACAACGACAACGGCGGCACGUUCUUCACUGCCCGCGGUUUUGCAAACUUGGGAUGCCUCGCUAUCCUCGCCCUCGGGAUCAUUACUCUCUUCGGAGCGUAUCCAAUGAUCUCCCAUUUCACGAAGAAGGCGGAUGUCAGCAGUAGUAAAGUCGCACUGGGACUCGGCGGCGUGAACGCCUCGGGAGAAUAUCCCAGGAUUCCCGGCUUGCGCGGCAUGAUCGACCCUGAUACACCGCCGGAGGCCAAGACUAUGACGAUGUACAACGACACAAGCAAGACGUUGGAGCUCAUAUGGUCCGACGAAUUCAACGUCGACGGCAGGACGUUCUACCCCGGCGAUGACCCGUACUUCACCGCUCUUGACAUUUACUACUGGCAAACGGAAGAUCUCGAGUGGUAUGACCCUAGCGCUAUCACGACCAAGGACGGCAUGCUGCAGAUUACGUUCACUGAGAAGCAAACGCACAACGUCUCGUACCAGGGCGGUAUGAUGACUUCAUGGAACCAAAUGUGCUUCACAGGGGGUUACAUCGAGGCCGCUGUUGUCCUACCUGGCUCGCCCGAGAUUCUCGGUUUCUGGCCCGCUGUCUGGAUGAUGGGUAACCUUGGGCGUGUCGGUUACGGUGCAACGACGGACGGCUUGUGGCCAUACAGUUACGACUCGUGCGACUACGGCGCGAUCAAGAACCAGUCGCUGAACGGCCAGCCCACCGCCAACUUUGAGGAUGACGCUGGAGACAAGUACCACGACAAUGACUUGUCGUGGUUGCCUGGCCAGCGCCUCUCGCGCUGCACCUGCGCCGGAGAGAAUCACCCUGGUCCGAUGCACAGCGACAACACAUACGUCGGGCGUGGCGCCCCUGAGAUCGACAUGUUCGAGGCGCUCGCGACGACGGCCGGAAACGGUAACGUGUCGCAGACGCUGCAGAUGGCGCCGUUCAACUGGGCGUACAAGUGGCCGACGGAGAACAACAACAUGGUGAUCUACGACGACGAUGUCACGAGCCAGAACACCUACUUUGGAGGCGCGUACCAGCAGGCGAUCUCCGGUCUGAGCAUGACGAACACGUCCGGGUACGAGCUCACGGAUAAGAUCCCGGUCGUCUUCGGUGUCGAGUAUUACCCCGGCUUCGACGAUGCCUACAUCACCUGGCUCAACAACGGCAAGCCAUCAUGGACGAUCAACUCGGGCGGUCUUGCGGCGGACCCGAAGUCGCUCAUCUCGCCAAGGCCGGUUCCGCAGGAGCCCAUGUACAUGAUCACGAACUUGGGCAUGUCGCCUGGGUUCGUUGUGCCGGAGUACGACCAGCUCACCUACCCCGCACAUAUGUACGUCGACUACAUCCGGGUAUACCAGGAUCCGGACCGUGUCAACUGGGGAUGCGACCCGAAGGAUUUCCCGACUGCGGACUACAUCAACACGUACUUGGAAGCGUACAUGAACCCGAACACGACCCUAUGGUCUGACAUCGGCGAGACGUACCCGAAGAACAAGUAUUUGGGCGAGUGCUAG